CAUCUUACGUGGGAGGAAGGAACAUCAAACCUCAAAAUAAAUUGGAGCUUCAGACCAGAAUCUCUUCCUUUUCUCUCCGCCCCAUAACAACUUCCAUCUCCUCAAAAGAACAACACCAGCAGCAACCUCGCUUCAAUAAAAAUAAUAAUAUUUUCUUUUUCUUUUUCUAAAAAGUUAAUUAAUUUUACUACAAUUCUCAUAAUCAUCAUCGUCCUCUGUAAAACAAAGAGAAGAGAAGAGACGGUUUUUCUUUCACAAACCUCUCUCAACUCCUCAGGACUCUGUUAUUGUUCAUAGCCUGAGAAAGUGGUAAGCUUUUGACUUUAAGAAUGAGAAGAAGUGUUCGAUGCGCACGCCAACUUCUAUCAGCUUUUCAAGACCAAGAUUACAGUUACUCUUUUAGUUUGGUGGUGAAAAGACGAGAAAACCAUUCUAUACAUACCAACUAUAGCACUCGUGUUUCAAGAUUUACAUAUUGUGCUGAUACUGAUAGAUUUCUUUACCCCAAACUUGUCAUUUCAAGAACUCUAUCUACAGACGCCGCUAAGCUUUCUAAUGGAGAUGCAAGCAGAGGAGGGCCGCUUGUAGAGUAUGAAAGAAGAAUUGCUGCUGGUGAACUUGUAGAUGGUGAUAGCUGCCAGGUAGGCACCUUAAGAGAGCUUCAAAGACUUUAUGAUGAGAUUGUUGAGUCAGCUGAUGCUUGCAAGUUGGAUCGGUAUUCUGCUUCUGACAAGUCUGGAAGGAGUAGAUGGUUGUGGUCACGUUUCAUGCCACAGUCUUCAUUUGCACCAGUUAAAGGAUUAUAUCUUUAUGGCGGAGUGGGUACUGGGAAGACUAUGUUGAUGGAUUUAUUCUUUGAUCAAUUGCCCUACAAUUGGAGGAAAAAAAGGAUCCAUUUUCAUGACUUUAUGUUGAAUGUACAUAGCCGCUUGCAAAAGCAUAAGGGUGUGGCAGAUCCACUUGAAGUUGUUGCUGGAGAAAUAUCUGAUGAGUCAAUAUUAUUAUGUCUAGAUGAAUUUAUGGUGACUGAUGUUGCUGAUGCAUUGAUACUGAACCGUCUAUUUAGACAUCUUUUCAGCAAUGGUGUUAUUCUUGUUGCCACCUCAAAUCGGGCUCCAGAUAAUUUGUAUGAAGGUGGAUUGCAGAGGGAUCUUUUUCUGCCCUUUAUUGCAACGCUGAAGGAGAGAUGUGUGGUUCAUGAAAUUGGUUCAUCAGUAGACUAUCGAAAAAUGACUUCAGCUCAACAAGGUUUCUACUUUAUUGGUGAGAAUUUGUCAGACCUUCUUAAGGAAAAGUUUCAAGAAUUAAUUGUGGAGCAAACAGCUGGCCCCCAAGAGGUGGAAGUAGUAAUGGGAAGGACAUUACAGGUUCCACUGGGUGCUAAUGGAUGUGCAUAUUUUGACUUCGAGGAACUUUGUGACAAACCUCUUGGAGCCGCAGACUAUUUUGGAUUGUUCAAGAACUUUCAUACCCUCGCAUUGGAAGGUAUCCCGAUCUUUGGACAGCACAAUAGGACAGCAGCAUAUCGCUUUGUGACUUUAGUUGAUGUGAUGUAUGAAAACCGGGCCAGACUACUGUGCACAGCUGAAGGGAGUCCCCUAGAACUUUUCGCAAAGGUAAUUACAGUUUCUGAUGCCCAGCAAAGGGCACCUAGAACGGCCACAAGAUCAAGGAGAAAUGAUGAAGCUGAUCUAUGUGUAGACAACGAACUGGGAUUUGCAAAGGACCGCACCGUGAGCAGAUUAACAGAAAUGAACAGCAGAGAAUACUUAGAGCAGCAUGCCACCGCGCUAGCCGAGAAGCAGCAUUUAGGGGAAGCUGUCAAUGCCAGUGCUGCACAAGUAUGAGACGGCAGGGAUCCGAUAUUAUUAUCUAAAUGAAAUAAACCACUGCUGGUGGUAAAUUCAAAUAGGUUAUACUCUUUGAAGUUCUCUAACAUGAUGGCUGUCUUUUUGGGUUACAAGUUUAGUCAGUCGUUAGUUGAAUAAAAUGUAAUUUAUUGUCUGUAAAAUAUAUUUCUAGAGGGUUGAUUGUAACAAAAAUGAUAUUGCCAUCAGGGGUGUGCUCCUUUUGCUCAAUAAUAAUACUACUGAAUUGAAAAUUCAGAAAAUUUUUAGAGAACAAAA